AUGAAUCGGCUCGGUCAGAGCCUCGUUUCAAGUUGGAAGGUCGCGAGUGCAAGCACACGAUCCUCCGUCUCGUCGCGCUGGCGGCCUACCCUUGCUAGCUCGAGUCGAGUCACGUUGGAAUCGAGACUCUUUUCGUCAGCGCGACCGCUGUCGGCGCAGGCGACUCGCGCUGUUCUGUACCCCCGCUGGAUUAAUUCGAAAGGACCACGGGACGAGAAUGAUCCUGCACACCCUGAAGAGGUGGGCUUAGAGGCCCCCGAGGACGAUUCGCCCGCGGAGUCAUCGUCAUCGGGCUCCCUCCCGGACUCUCCUUCGUCCUCAGAUUCGCCUCCGUCUUCGUCCGAUGGUGACCACUCCGACCAGCCGCCGAAAGCUCCACCGUCACCGACGCCGAGUCAGGGCACUAUUGCCAAGCAGUCGGUUCCGGAGAACUACCCACACGUACUGGCCCUUCCCAUCGCUCGGCGCCCCCUCUUCCCCGGUUUCUACAAGGCAGUCGUCGUGCGCAACCCCCAGGUUGUUGCAGCUAUCAAGGACAUGAUGAAACGCGGACAACCCUACCUCGGCGCCUUUUUGCUCAAGGACGAGAACACGGACAGCGACGUUAUCACGGACAUCGAUGCAGUGCACCCUGUUGGGGUCUUCGCACAGAUCACGAGUGUAUUCUCGGCGACCGCGAGGGAGGGCGAGGAACCUGAAGAAGGACUCACGGCUGUUUUGUAUCCCCACCGGCGCAUCAAGAUCACUGAGCUUCUGCAGCCUGGAGUUGAGAAAGUGGAGGUUGUGCCCUCGGACGGCGAAUCUGAGGCUGUCGCAGCACCGAGGAAACGACGCUGCCGCUCUCAGGACCGGUUCAGACACGACCAGUAUAUCCGUGCUUUCAUGGCCGAGAUCAUAUCUGUCUUCAAGGACAUCGCACAACUGAACCCCAUGUUCCGAGACCAGGUCACCAACUUCAUGAUGAACCAGAGCUCUGCGAGCAUCUUCGACGAGCCGGACAAACUGGCUGACUUUGCCGCUGCGGUAUCGAGUGGCGAGGUUCGCGAGUUGCAGGACGUUCUGGACAGCCUGGAGGUCACGGAUCGGCUGCGGAAGUCGCUCUUGGUUCUCAAGAAAGAGCUCAUCAAUGCCCAGCUGCAGAGCAAACUCGCGCGCGACGUCGAUAGCAAGAUCGCCAAGCGCCAGAGAGAGUACUACCUGAUGGAACAGUUAAAGGGAAUCAAGAAGGAGCUUGGGAUGGAGACUGAUGGGAAGGAUCGGUUGCUGGACAAGUUCCGUGAGCGAGCGGCGGCACUGAAGAUGCCUGAGGGUGUGCGUAAAGUGUUCGACGAGGAGCUGAGCAAGCUUGCGACGCUGGAACCUGCCGCGUCCGAGGCCAACGUGACCCGGAACUACUUGGAAUGGUUGACCACGAUCCCUUGGGGCCAGCAUUCGCCGGAAAACUUCUCCAUCGGACACGCGCAGACUGUUCUCGAUGCGGACCACUACGGACUGAAAGACGUCAAGGACCGCAUUCUCGAGUUCCUCGCUGUUGGGAAGCUUCGAGGUACAGUUCAGGGCAAGAUCGUCUGCCUCGUCGGGCCGCCUGGUGUCGGAAAGACGUCCAUUGGCAAGUCGAUUGCUCGUGCGCUCAACCGGCAAUUCUUCCGGUUUUCGGUGGGUGGAUUGACGGAUGUUGCUGAGAUCAAAGGUCACCGGCGGACCUAUGUUGGCGCGCUACCUGGCAAGAUCAUCCAGGCGCUCAAACGCGUCGGUACUGAGAAUCCGCUUGUGCUGAUCGAUGAGGUUGACAAGAUCGGUCGCGGCCAUAAUGGGGAUCCGUCGAGUGCGCUGCUGGAGAUGCUGGACCCGGAGCAGAACAACGCUUUCAUGGAUCACUACAUGGACGUCCCUGUUGACCUGUCGCGCGUUCUGUUUGUCUGCACGGCGAACACUCUCGACACGAUUCCCGCACCGCUGCUCGAUCGUAUGGAAGUUCUGGAGGUGUCUGGCUACGUUUCGGAGGAAAAGGCGCAGAUUGCGAACCGUUACCUCGGUCCCCAGGCGAAGGACGCGUCUGGGCUGAAGGAAGCGGAUGUGCUGAUCGACGAGAAGGCGGUCGACAUGCUGAUCAAGUACUAUUGUCGGGAGAGUGGGGUGAGAAAUCUCAAGAAGCAUAUUGAGAAGAUCUACCGCAAAGCUGCUUUGAAGCUCGUCAAGGAUUUGGGCGAAGAUGUGUUCCCAGAACCGGUCGUGACUGCCUCCAACACUGUUGAAUCUCAAGACCCACCGCCGGCGAACCCCACCGAGGCGGAGAGCGGCGAGUCUGAGAAGCCGGUGACGACUGUCGAGCGUAAACCGCUUCCCAUUCCGGAAUCGGUGCACCUGCGCAUCACACCCGAGAAUCUGAAGGACUACGUGGGCCCACCCGUGUACCAGAAGGACCGGAUGUAUGUGCAUGCGUCGCCGCCGGGAGUCAGCACUGGUCUCGGCUAUCUCGGCAACGGGUCUGGUGCGAUCAUGCCCAUCGAAGCUAUCAGCAUGCCAGGUAAAGGCGGCCUGCAGCUGACCGGCAAACUGGGCGAGGUGAUCCGCGAGAGUGCGCACAUCAGUCUGAGCUGGGUGAAAAGUCACGCCGUCGAGCUCGGGAUCACUUCUGCUGAAGGGGAGACGUUCCUGGACUCCCGGGACAUCCACGUGCACAUGCCCGAAGGCAGCAUUGGCAAGGAAGGACCGAGUGCCGGGACGGCGCUACUGUCUGCGUUUGUCUCGUUGUUCACCAAAACACCGAUCAAUCCUGACAUUGCCAUGACCGGUGAAAUCUCUCUGGUGGGUCAGGUACUUCCUGUAGGCGGUCUGAAGGAGAAGAUUCUCGCCGCACACCGCGCUGGAAUCAAGACCAUCCUCGCGCCUGCCGCCAACCGCGCCGACAUCGAGGAGAACGUGCCCGAUAGCGUCAAGGAGGGCAUCCGGUUCGUCUAUGUCGAAGAUGUGCGCGAGGUGCUGCACGAGGUGUUCCGCGCUCGUGCACACGUGUCGGUGUCGCACACCCUCCGCUACAAAAGGUCGUAUGCCGUAUUGGCAGCAGAACCAAAAACCGACAUUCAACCCAAAGCGCAUUCCUUCGAUUCUUUAAGAGGCAAAAUCUCGAAAGGAACUUUGGAUGCCAUCACCCGAAACCCCAUGAAGCUGGAGACGAUGUCGUCUGUCCAAUCCGAGGUCCUCCCCCUCCUUCCCGAAAUCGCAGAGCCGUAUCACCCCGAUAGCAAGGUCGUGCGCGACCUCCUCGUGCGCGCGAAAACCGGCACAGGCAAAACACUGGCUUUCCUCGUGCCGGCCAUUGAGGCUCGGCUGAAAAGCAUUGAGGAAUACGUCUCGGGAAACACGGAUACCGGCAGUGUUGACUUGGCUCGGACACGGUUUGCGCGACGGACGGUGGGGACGCUGGUGAUCAGCCCUACGCGCGAGUUGGCGACGCAGAUUGCGUCGGAAGCGCUCAAGCUGACCACUCACCAUGAUGGCUUCGGAGUCCAGUUGUUUGUCGGUGGGAACAGCAAGAGGAUGCAGAUGCGCGACUGGAUGAAGGGCCGGAAGGACAUUGUUGUCGCCACCCCGGGUCGUUUGCGGGAUCUUCUCGAGUCGGAACCGGACGUACGCAACGCUAUCGCAGAAACGAACAUUCUCAUUCUCGAUGAAGCCGACACAUUGUUGGAGAUGGGUUUCCGGGAAGACAUCGAGGACAUCAAGCGGUUCCUGCCCCCGACGCCGCAGCGUCAGACGCUGUUGUUUUCUGCGACAGUGUCGAAGCAGAUUCAGCAAGUCGCGCGUUCGUCUUUGGCAGAAGAUCACCGGUUCAUCAACUGCGUCUCGGAGGAAGCGUCCCCAGUUCAUGCCCACAUUUCUCAAUAUCACACUGUGCUGCCGAGCGCUGAGGCCCAGAUUCCGCACAUCCUGCGUCUCCUUGCACAGGAUCAGCUGACAAACGGGGCCAAUUCGAAAGUCAUUCUGUUCUUGCCGACCACCAAGAUGACACAGCUUUUCACGACGAUCGUCAAGACUCUCAGCGCCACUACUCUCCCUGCAUCUCGCAACCUGCGCGUCUUUGAGAUCCACAGCAAGCGGGCUCAGGAGUCGCGUGACAAAGCGUCUCAGGGCUUCCGUCAGUGCAAGACCGCGUCAGUGCUCGUCACGUCGGAUGUAUCGGCACGAGGCGUGGACUAUCCUGGUGUGACACGGGUCAUCCAAGUUGGUAUCCCUGGCGGUCGCGAGCAGUACAUCCACCGUGUUGGUCGGACUGGCAGAGGAGGAAGCACUGAGGGUCGCGGCGACUUGGUUCUUCUCCCUUGGGAAAUCGGCUUCGUCACAUGGCAGCUCACCGAUAUUCCGUUGAAGCCUCUGACGACGAGCGAAUUGGUGGACGAUGUGACUGCCCUUGCUGCCGAGCACGACCAAAAGCCAUCCACUGGGGGCAGGAGCGGCUCGGCGCACCCCGUCGCGCCAAUGCUUGACGACAUAGAACGCACCAUCCAGACCUUCCUGCCACGGUUGAACGAGGAGGCGAUCAAGGAAACCUUCAUGUCGCUCAUCGGAUACUAUCUGGCCAAGGGCCCCGAACUGCGUGUCGCGAAAUCGGUGCUCUUGCAGGGCUGCCAGGACUGGUCGACCGGUGCCUGCGGGCUGUCCGUCCCCCCCUACGUCUCCGUGGGCUUCCUCCAAAAGCUGGGUCUGGACGACGGGCGCACGAAACGAUUCGGCAGGGCUCGCGACGACUCUCGGGACCGGCGCAGCCAUGACGGGCCGCACUGGGCGGGACGCGGGUCUACCGGCGGCAGAUACCGAAGCAGGGACGAUUCGUUCGGCCAGCUCCAGGAUGCGGUUGACCCGUCGGAGCAGCACCUCGACCCGAGGGAGUACCGGAGCGAACGGUACAAGGCCACCGGCAACGGCUACCGCGGCCAAUCCCACGGCCAGUCCUCCUCGGAGUUCCGCGGUGGAUUCGGCGGUCGCAAGUCCAUGGGCGGCGAGUUUGGCACGGGCGUUGGCUACAAGGGCGGUCCCCGCGGUGUCGACUUUGAAGGCGGGAGAGGCUACGGCAACAGGAGUGAGGGCGGCCGGCGCUACGGAGACAGGAACGAUGGUCGAAGCAGCUAUGGCUCGAGGGACCGCGGCAGCCGCGGUGGCUUUGGUGGAGAUCGUGAAAAUUCUGGUCGAGGACGUCGCGACUCACGGCGACAGGAUUUUUAGUCGCGCUGUUUUGCAUGUUUAACAUAUGUAUCAUUAUCCCCUACCGCUUUAGAAUAGAUAAUAUAAUGCAGCAUCUUCGAGACGUUGACAGCCAUGGACAGCCGCAUGUUCUCCAGAGAGUUCCAUGAGGGCCUAGUACAAUCAUAUGUGUGGUCGGUCACCAGACUGCAGAGAUCACCAGUGUGCGUUGUGACAUGUUAUCUUCAUCUCACCAACUUCACCUGCAGCCUUGGUAUGAUGAAUCCCUACCACUUUGAUUCUCGUCCAUCCUUCGCGCGCGUGAACGUCCGUGCCGUCAUCCGCUUCGACGGGAAAGUUCUGAACUACAUCACUUGAAGAUGUUAUGAGACGGGAAGCAGGUCAUCCCCUGGUCACAAGAUGUGGCACCAGUGGUACUCGCCUCGAGGACGGCAGCUGAACACCCAGUCCUCCUUCCCUCCGACAUGUUACUGCUAGGAGGCAUCUUCCUAGCUCUUGUCUGCGGCGUGUAUGCUGGGACGAAUGUCAGCCCCGCAGUCCUUGAUGCGUGUCCGGGGUACGAUGUGAGCAAGGUAACGGUCCAGGGAGGGACGAUGAAGGCGCAGUUGAAGCUCGCCGGCAAGGCGUGCAACGUCUUUGGGACCGACAUAGAUGCGCUCACGUUGGAGGUCGUCUACGAGACCGCCGACAGGAUCCACGUCAAAAUCACCGAUCCAGCACAUACGAGAUACGAAGUCCCCGAAAGCGUUCUUCCCCGUCCGUCCAGCGCCCAUCCUGUCUCGCCCAAAACAGCCGCGAUCGUGUUCAACUACACGACCUCUCCGUUCACCUUUUCUAUCCUGCGCCAGUCGACGAAAGAAGUUCUCUUCUCGACAGCUUCCCAUCCGAUCAUCUAUGAGCCGCAGUAUCUUCGACUGAAAACAACAUUGCCUGCCAGUGCCAACAUCUACGGCCUGGGCGAGCACACCAACCCGUUCCGCCUCAACCCGGACAAUACGACGAUCACGCUCUGGUCCCGAGAUGCCUAUGGUGUCCCCACUGGCACGAAUCUGUACGGGAACCACCCGGUCUAUUUCGAGCACCGUAAAACCGGCUCGCACGGAGUGUUCCUGCUCAACUCGAACGGAAUGGACGUCAAGCUCACGCCUGGGGCUCUGGAGUACAAUGUGAUCGGCGGUGUUCUGGACAUGUACUUUUUGGCAGGCAGCGAGACAGAUCCGAGUGCCGUGGCUGAGCAGUAUGCGCAAGUGGUGGGCUUGCCUGCCGAGGUGCCGUAUUGGUCGUUUGGGCUGCACCAAUGUCGCUUUGGGUAUCAGAACUACAUCGAUGUUGCUGGUGUCAUCAGCAACUAUUCCAAUGCAAAGAUCCCACUGGAGACCAUGUGGACGGACAUCGACUACAUGGACCGGCGACGGAUCUUCACUGUUGACCCGGAUUACUUCCCUCUCAAUCGCAUGCGCCAGAUCGUCGACUAUCUGCACACUCACAAUCAGCGCUUUGUGCUCAUGACCGAUCCUGCGGUGGGAUACCUGCCGGGUCAAAAAUAUGGGCCGUACGAUCGGGGAACUACGGCGGACAUCUGGCUGAAGAACUCCAACGGGAGCCAGCAUCUCGGCCUGGUCUGGCCUGGUGUUACCGUAUAUCCAGAUUGGUUCAAUCCAAAUAUCCAAAAGUAUUGGUCGAACGAGUUCUCCCUCUUCUAUAGCCCGCGCACUGGACUUGAUAUUGACGGGGCGUGGAUUGACAUGAACGAGCCAUCGAGUUUCUGCGACAUCCCUUGCGACGAUCCGUUUCAGCAAGCCAUCCAACAAGAUCUGCCUCCCGCUCGGACGAGCCCGCCCCCUGAUCCCAACACGCCCAUAUUCGUCGAGACUUUGACGAAACGAGAUGGCAAUCUGCUCGUACCGCAGUACGCGAUCAACAACGCUGCGCCGGGAGGCAAUCUCUCCAGCAAAACAGCCUAUGUGAAUACGGUGCACGCCAAUAACUUGACCGAAUACGACACCCACAAUCUGUAUGGCACGAUGAUGUCCGUGGCAACGCACCAGGCAAUGCUCGAUCGCCGCCCUGGCCUUCGGACCCUUGUGAUCACGCGAUCCACGUUUGCGGGUGCUGGCAAACACGUCGGAAAGUGGCUGGGGGAUAACUUCAGCACUUGGGAUCACUAUCGGCUGUCCAUUGCUGGCAUGCUGGGCAUGGCGACCGUCUAUCAGGUCCCGAUGGUGGGCAGCGACAUCUGCGGCUACGCACAGAAUACGACAGAGACUUUGUGUGCCAGAUGGGGGAUGUUGGGUGCAUUCUAUCCUUUCAUGCGCAAUCAUAAUGCAGAUACGGCCAUCAGUCAAGAGUUUUAUCGUUGGCCCCUGACGACUCAGGCAGCUCAGAAUGCGCUCGAUAUGAGAUACCGCUUGAUGGAUUACUUCUACACUGCUUUCCACACAGCGAGUCUCAAAGGCACGCCGGUCGUCAGUCCCCUUUGGUUCAAAUAUCCCAAGGACGCCACGACCUAUCCGAUUGACCUGCAGUGGUUCUUCGGAGACGCCAUCCUCGUCUCGCCCGUGACCGAGGAGAACUCGACCUC